CAGGGCUAAGCAGGAAAAGCGUGCUGCCCUGGUCGCCUACGUGACUGCUGGCUAUCCGACCGUAGAGGAGACUGUCGAUAUUCUACUUGGCCUAGAAAAUGGUGGUGCUGGUGUGUAUCCAUCCCCCCCGGGCCCCCAUGAUCUUCCGCCAGUUUUGACCCAUGAAUCUUCAAUGCUCACUCCGCUGUCUCUCCUCUCCCCUCGGGUAAUCUCUUCUAAACAGCCUGCUAAUGACAUGGAACCCGCCACGCAGACGUUCUUGAAUUGGGUGUUCCCUUUACAGACCCCAUUGCCGAUGGCCCCACCAUCCAAAAGGCCAACACGCAGGCUCUCGCCAACGGCGUCUCAGUUUCAACAGUGCUGGAAAUAGUCCGUUCUGCGAGGCGUCGCGGUCUCAGAGCCCCCGUUCUCCUGAUGGGCUACUACAACCCGAUGUUACGUUAUGGCGAGGAACGUAUGCUGAACGACUGCAAGGAGGCAGGCGUCAACGGCUUUAUCAUGGUUGAUCUUCCUCCCGAGGAGGCUGUUCGAUUCCGUGAUCUGUGCACCAGCACCGGUCUGUCGUACGUCCCCCUGAUUGCCCCCUCCACUUCCGAGUCCCGCAUGAAGCUUCUUUGCGAGAUUGCCGAUUCCUUUAUCUACGUGGUCUCGAGAAUGGGCGUGACAGGCGCCACCGGAAAGCUCAGCUCUAACCUUCCCGACCUCUUGUCCCGUGUUCACAACUAUUCCGGAAAUGUACCUACUGCCCUUGGAUUCGGUAUCAGCACUCGCGAACACUUCCUUUCUGUACAGGAUAUCUCUGAGGGUGCCGUUAUUGGUAGUCAGAUUAUUACCGUCUUGGGUGAUGCCCCUGCUGGCCAGGCGGCUCAGCGUGCAGAGCAAUACCUGUCUUCCGUCACUGGCCGUCGGCUGGAGAGGGAUGCUACGGGUGCAAUCACCCGCGAGACCAACGUCCUGGAGCCUGUAUUGAAAGUGGAACCUACCGCCGUGUCGCAACCCACAGAAGUCAUCACAGAGGCCGACACCCCUUCAGGUCCGGGGCUGGGCGACCAGCUUAAGGCUUUGAGCGGUGUCGGCGACCCUUCUGCGAUCCCCUCCCGUUUUGGUGAAUUCGGUGGACAGUAUGUCCCCGAGUCGCUGAUGGACUGUCUGGCGGAACUGGAGCGAGGAUUUGACAUUGCUCGAAAUGACCCAUCGUUCUGGGAAGAAUUCCGUUCAUACUAUCCUUAUAUGGGACGUCCUAGUAGCCUUCACCUUGCUAACCGCCUCACCGAGCGUGUCGGUGGUGCGAACAUCUGGCUGAAGCGUGAGGACCUCAACCACACUGGCAGCCACAAGAUCAACAACGCUUUAGGUCAGAUCCUUUUGGCCCGCAGACUUGGAAAGACUAGAAUUAUCGCGGAAACCGGUGCUGGUCAGCACGGUGUUGCUUCUGCGACUGUCUGCGCCAAGUUUGGUAUGGAGUGUGUUGUUUACAUGGGUGCGGAGGAUGUCCGUCGUCAGGCAUUGAACGUCUUCCGUAUGAAGCUUCUGGGUGCCUCGGUGGUUGCGGUCGAUGCGGGUAGCCGCACUCUUCGAGAUGCUGUUAACGAGGCUCUCCGUGCCUGGGUUGUUGAUCUGGAUACCACUCAUUACAUUAUCGGCUCCGCCAUCGGGCCCCAUCCUUUCCCCACCAUUGUGCGUACUUUCCAGUCUGUCAUUGGUGAAGAGACAAAGCAGCAGAUGAUGGAACAGAUUGGCAAGCUUCCCGAUGCCGUGGUUGCUUGUGUUGGUGGUGGUAGUAACGCUGUUGGUAGCUUCUACCCCUUCUCCAAGGAUCUCAGCGUCAAGCUGUUGGGCGUUGAAGCCGGAGGUGACGGCGUUGACACUGACCGCCACUCUGCUACCCUUUCCGGCGGCAGCAAGGGUGUGCUGCACGGUGUCCGCACCUAUGUUCUGCAGGACGAGCAUGGACAAAUCUCCGAAACCCACUCCAUCUCCGCGGGUCUGGACUACCCUGGUGUUGGUCCCGAGCUUAGCGACUGGAAAGACAGCGAGCGUGCUCGCUUCAUCGCCGCUACAGAUGCCCAGUGUCUUGCCGGAUUCCGCGCUAUGGCUCAAACGGAGGGUAUCCUACCUGCCCUUGAGUCGUCGCACGCCAUCUGGGGCGCCAUGGAACUCGCAAAGACCAUGGGGAAGGGCAAGGACAUUGUCCUGACCGUAAGUGGCAGAGGUGACAAGGACGUUCAGAGUGUCGCUGAAUCCCUUCCUGCUCUCGGUCCCAAGAUUGGAUGGGACCUGCGAUUCUAAGUCAACCCUCGGCCGUACAAACUUGAGCCAAACGAACUCGGAACUUUUGAAAUCCUAACAGAAGAAAAAGAAAGAAAGCGGAAGACAUAAACCCCUUUUUUUUUUUUUUUUUUUUUUU